AUGGCAGAAAAAGAACAAGGUUUUCAAACUGCCUUCUCCGUGACCCGAUUCGUCAUGCGCUUUCAAGGGAUCUGGCCUGGGGUGGACAAACCAAGAACUGGAUUUUCUCGUUUCCAGUUCAUUCCAGCUGCUCUGAUGAUGGUUUUUUUUAUAAAUGCAGUUCAAACAAUGGAGCUGACUCGAGUGGGCGGUGACUUGAACAUGAUCAUCGACAUAUUGACAUUUGCUGAUAUCCCUAUCUUCAUCGCCUUGGUAAAACAUGUCGGAAUAGCUUACAACAACAAAGUUCUUUACAAACUGCUGUACUUGAUAUCCGAAGACUGGAAGGAGGUGACCAAGGAGUCUGAGAAAAAAGUCAUGUGGCAGAAAGCUCGUCUCAGUCGAAUAUUUACGAUGAUAGAAGUUAGUCUAGGCUUAGGUCGGUUGUUCAUCCAUACCAUACGAAUGACCUACGCGAUGCUACAUCCAACCAGCUUUGACCCGACCGGCAAACUGAUCAGACCUUCCUACAUGAGAGGCUACUUCAUCUACGAUUCGCAGAGUACUCCAAUAUACGAGAUAACUUGGGGCUGCCAGUUCGUUGCCACAGCCUUCGGUGGAUGUGCAUUUGCGAGUGCUGAUGCGCUAUUCGUUGCCCUGGUCUUUCACCUGUGUGGACAGUUGACUAAUUUGCAAACAGAGUUUAGAGAAGUUGGAAAAAAUACCUCUGGGAAGAAGCUGGAGUUUGUCAGGUCAUUGGCAAGGAUAAUCAAGAAGCAUCGCAGAAUAUGCCAUAUGGCAGAUACGGUUGAAUACUGCUUCAACAAAAUAUAUCUUGUGCAAGUUUCAAGUUCUUCGGUAAUCUUUUGUUUACAUGGAUAUUCUCUCGUUACGAUACUUUUUGACCAAGACGAUGUCGUUGUAGAGCUGAUUGUUAUGACUUUCUUCACUCUCGGUUUCAUCUACAGCAUGUUUGUCUAUUGUUACGUUGCUGAGUGCUUGAGUACAGAGAGUUUGGCACUGAGUAGUGCCAUUUUUGACAAUACCUGGUAUGAUUUGCCACCAAAACACGCGAAGCUACUGUUACUGCCUUUACAGCGAACUGGAAAGCCACUUAUAGUUACUGCAGGGAAAUUCGUUGUAUUUUCGUUAAAUUUAUUUUCCAAUAUUAUCAAAACUUCCGCUGGCUAUUUGUCGAUGCUUCUAGCUCUGCGCGAGAAAUUGUAA